AUGAAGAGCAUCGCCGUUGUGUGCGGCCUCCUGGCUGCGUCUGUGUCCGCACAUAUGCAGAUGUCCAAGCCAUAUCCGAUCCGGAGUCCAUUAAAUAAGGAUGCAAGCGGUCAAAAGGACUAUUCAUACACGAACCCGCUGUCGACCAGCGGCUCUGACUACCCUUGCAAAGGGUAUGCCAAUGACGAGUUCAACUCUGUCGCCACAUACAGCCCAGGCCAAGAGUACGACCUGGAAUUGCAAGGCAGCGCGACACAUGGCGGUGGGUCGUGUCAGAUCGGUCUCUCCUAUGACAAGGGCAAGACUAUCAGGGUGAUUCACUCCAUUCUGGGCGGAUGUCCAAUUGAAAAGAAAUACAAGUUCAAGAUCCCCAGCGACGCUCCAAACGGGGAAGCCUUGUUGUCUUGGACUUGGUUUAAUAAAAUCGGUAACCGUGAGAUGUACAUGAACUGUGCGCAGGUCACCAUCGGUGGUUCCGCAAAACUUGCACAGACAAAGACUCUCACCCGACGGGACGGCUUUGGCAGUCUCCCGGAGAUCUUCCAGGCCAAUGACGGAGGACCUGGUGGUUGCACCACUGUUGAGGGUGAGGAAGUCAACUUCCCACUACCGGGUCCAUCGAAGCAGGGUAGUCUCUCCGGGAAGGGCUACACAUGCAAGAGCUCUGCUUCUUUCCUGGGUGAUUCUAAUUCCGCCAAGGGGAACUCCAGCAGCCACGGCACUAGCAGCUCUGCUGCUCAAGUUGCGAGCAGCUCCGGCACCCAAAGCCCUAAGAACUCUUCAGCCCAUAAGUUUGGCUCUGCCUCCGCCUCCGCAACCCCAUCCAGCAGGAUCGCUUCGCCCUUUGGCACGCCAUCAUCCUCUGUUCACGCUGCGCCCACAUCACCCUCCGUGCAUCAAACAGGGCGCUUCCAGCCACAUCCUCUCAAACACCACGAGCAGAAGCACGGCCCUUGCAAAGAUGGUGCCAUUAUCUGUGCCGAUGACGGCAAAACCUGGUCGAUGUGCAGCCAUGGCAAACCUGUCUUCAUGGGCUCUGUUGCAGCUGGCAUGCGUUGUCGCCACGGCGCCAUGCAUCGCCAGUGGUAA